AGGCGCUCCCCCCACAUCCGCACCUCGUGUUCUCCUUCCUCGCGACGCGUUCAUUCGCUUGAACGACCUCCGAGAGCCCCAGUCACCUCCUGCUGUUGUUGUACCGUCUACUGUCCAUCCUCGUGUACGACUGCAACUUCGCCCACCAUGUCCAUGUCCGAGAAGCCUUCGAGCAGGAAGGCCGACUCCGUUUUGAGUGGAGUCUCCAAGGAGGAGAUCAAGCACUUCGACCGCGCUGCCAUCGCGAACAACCCCAACGCCCGCCUUGCCAAUCCCCUCGAGGGUAUCCCCCAGGACCAGCUCAUCGCGGACGCUGCGGCAUUUGCGAAGAGCCAUGACCUCGGCCAUGUGACUGAGGAGUUCCAGAAGGGCGCGCUCGUUGCGCAGAACCCAACCGAGUUCGAGACAUUGCCUCUCCUCACCGACGAAGACAGGAAUGUCCUUCGCCGGGAGAUGACCCACCGGUGGUCACAUCCAUUCCAGCUGUACUACCUUGUCAUUCUUUGCUCAAUGGCCGCCGCAGUCCAGGGUAUGGAUGAGGCCGUCAUCAACGGUGCCAACUUGUUCUUUGCUCCGCAGUUUGGUAUCGGCAGCGUGGGCGACCAGAGCCGCAACCAGUGGCUGCUGGGUCUCGUCAACUCGGCUCCUUACCUGUGCUGCGGUCUCAUCGGUUGCUGGGUGUCUGCUCCGCUGAACAAGUAUUUCGGCCGCCGCGGUACCAUCUUUAUCAGCGCCUUUGUGUCGUUCGCCACCUGCAUCUGGCAGGGUGUCACUAACACCUGGUGGCACCUCUUCAUCGCACGGUUCUUCCUUGGCUUCGGUAUCGGACCCAAAUCUGCAACGGUCCCCGUGUAUGCCGCGGAGUGCGCACCGCCGGUCAUCCGUGGCGCUCUCGUCAUGAUGUGGCAGAUGUGGACCGCUUUCGGGAUUAUGUUCGGUUACGUGAUGGACCUCUCUUUUUACCACGUUCCCGACAAGCCGGGCAUCACUGGUCUCAACUGGCGUCUCAUGCUUGCUAGUGCCGGUGUCCCCGCUCUCUUCAUCAUGAUGCAGGUGUACGCCUGCCCCGAGUCGCCGCGUUGGUUGUUGUCGAAGGGUCGAUACGAUCAGGCUUACACAUCGCUUCUGCGCCUCCGUAACAGUCCGCUACAGGCUGCCCGCGAUCUCUAUUACAUCCAUGUGCAGCUUGAGGCCGAGGCCGAGAGCUUCCAGGGCCGCAACCGCUUCCUCGAGCUCUUCACGGUCCCGCGUAACCGUCGCGCUACCCUCGCUGCCUUCAUCGUCAUGUUCAUGCAGCAGUUCUGCGGUGUCAACGUCAUUGCGUACUACUCUUCGAGCAUCUUCAGCCAGGCGAGCUUCACAGACCUCCAAGCACUGAUCGCCUCGUGGGGUUUCGGUAUGCUCAACUGGGUCUUCGCAUUCCCCGCCGUCUGGACCAUCGACACCUUCGGUCGCCGCAACCUCUUGCUGACGACAUUCCCGCUCAUGGCCCUCUUCCUGCUCAUGACCGGCUUCUCAUUCUACAUCCCUGAAGGCAACGGCCGUCUGGCUGUCGUGGCCCUUGGUAUCUACCUGUACACGAUGGCGUACUCGCCAGGAGAGGGUCCCGUGCCGUUCACCUACUCCGCCGAGGCGUUCCCGUUGUACGUCCGUGAUGUCGGAAUGGGCUUUGCGACUGCCGUGCUCUGGUUCUUCAACUUCGUUGUCGCGAUCACCUUCCCGCGUCUACUGGGAGCGUUCACGCCGACCGGUGCAUUUGGGUGGUACGCGGCGUGGAACGUGUUUGGCUUCUUUGUCAUCCUGCUCUUUGUCCCCGAGACGAAGGCGCUGUCACUCGAAGAGUUGGACCAGGUGUUCUCGGUGCCGACACACCGACACGCGUCGUACCAGCUCAAGGCACUUCCGCACAACAUCAAGAAGUACAUCUUCCGCAUGAAGAUCGAGGACAUGCCGCCGCUCUACAAGCACGAAGGCGCGACGCACUACACUCCUGGCGGCGCCGGCCACGCAUAGGGCCGCAGCGAUCGUGCAUGAUGUUGUACUCAUAAUAAUCUUUUCCAAACGGGCCUGCCGGCUGUUAGGCGACUCGACCCCUGCAGCUUGGGAUGGUAUUUGUUGUGACAUGCCUGGCUGCCGCUUGUGCUCGUCCAUGCUCGUCAACAUCGUAUACCAUGUCAUCGGCAUAAUGAAUCUUAAUGUUGCUCUGUGAUGUACUCUGCCACACGCUGUAUUACUACUACGAUAUCUUCGAAUCUAUCUCAUCUAAACCUC